AUGAGCCCAUCGAAAUCAGACGAAUUCCAAUCUCCCUCUACUUCGAUAGCAGGCUGCGAUCUGGACCUGAAUCUACUGCUCAGUUGUCGCCAAGUCUAUUGGGAGGCGCGCAAGCUGCCAUAUGCCCUCAACACGUUCCUCACCAAGGAAGUGGGCACCUUCUCCAACUUCAUGUAUUGUCUGAAAACUUGGCAGGUCCAAGCCAUGGCUCAUCUCACUUUCGAAAUUCUGGAAAAGCAGGGUAUGACACAAUAUCUGUCCGAGUGGAACGACAUCUUUGCUCUGUUGGCUGCAUCUUUCUCUGCCCUUGAAACGACAGCCAUCCAAGUGCAGUUGUACGAUCCUAUAUCUGCGUGCUGGAAUCCUUUCUGGGAUGGUGGACUUCUUGCGCUGGAUCAUCUUCAGCUGAAAGAAGUCAAAUUCAUCAUUGUCGAUGGGGAUAUGCAACCGUACUUCACCUACUCUGCAAAUCCAUCACACAAUCAGUCGAUGCCUUUUCGUGAAUGCCGAGACCUUCUCCGCUUAGAUCGAGGAUACAACCACGGUGACAAUGAGUACCUUCGUGUCAUUUGUCGAAAUUCGCCGAACCCUUGCCCGCUGUACGUCCCGAACCUUAUACGCCCCCUGUCCUGGUAUGACGGAUCGGAUCGCAUGUUGCGGCAUGAAGAUAUACUUCAGCGAGAUUAUUCCGCAUACCAAUACAAUUUCGAGGAGUUCGGCACCAUGGAACGCGCCAUCUUUGGCUAUCAAUUUGAUGCGACAGCAACGUCAAAAGCAGAGAUUGAGGAAAACACCAGAAAGCUUCAUCGAUCACGUGAACGACUGGCACGAAAGCUUUCCUCACAGGCAGUUGAAUUACGACCACGUCGCUCUCAGCCAUAUCACACCGACGCCAACGAUGACACGCGAGGAGAGAUGGCACCAUUGAACUCAACACGUAUAAACAAUGAAACUCCUGGGCAAUGGCGCCGCUUAUUGAACGAAGAGACGUUUGCACCUUUCUUCGAGUCGUUUCCGCCUGUGAUUCCGGGCAGUGCCACACGUUCUGCACUAAAACUUGCAUGCACUGGUUGUUCCGAAUCGGUUGAGGCUCCAGGCUGUUUCCUUCACAACUGA